CUUCAAGGAUCUGUAAUCGGUGCGAAUCUACGGAUUCUUCUGUUCGGGCAUAAUCGGAAAUGGCAGAUAACAAUUCACCACCUGGCUCUGUUGAAGAGAAAGUAGAUCAAAUUGUUGAAGCUAACCCUUUGGUGAAGGAUGAUACUUCACUGGAAACCAUAGUUCGAAGGUUUCAGGAUUCAAUGUCAGAGGCAAAGACUCAUAAGUUCUGGGAGACUCAACCUGUUGGGCAGUUUAAGGAUAUCGGGGACACGAGUUUGCCAGAAGGCCCGAUUGAGCCUGCAACUCCGUUAUCUGAGGUCAAGCAAGAGCCGUACAACCUUCCUUCUGUUUAUGAAUGGACCACUUGCGAUAUGAACUCUGAUGAUAUGUGUUCAGAGGUAUACAAUCUUCUCAAGAACAACUAUGUUGAGGAUGAUGAGAAUAUGUUCAGGUUCAAUUACUCCAAGGAGUUUCUUAGGUGGGCACUGCGUCCUCCUGGUUAUUACCAGAGCUGGCAUAUUGGAGUCCGUGCCAAGACCUCGAAGAAACUUGUUGCUUUCAUCAGCGGCGUGCCAGCAAGAAUCAGGGUGCGUGACGAGGUUGUUAAAAUGGCAGAGAUCAAUUUCUUGUGUGUUCACAAGAAGCUCAGGUCUAAGAGACUUGCUCCUGUCAUGAUCAAGGAGGUGACUAGAAGGGUUCACUUGGAGAACAUAUGGCAAGCGGCUUAUACUGCGGGAGUUAUACUUCCUACACCAAUCACCACCUGCCAAUACUGGCACAGGUCAUUGAACCCGAAGAAGCUAAUCGAUGUUGGGUUUUCAAGGCUUGGUGCGAGAAUGACAAUGAGCAGAACCAUCAAACUCUACAAGUUACCAGAUGCACCGAUCACUCCUGGAUUCAGGAAAAUGGAACCACGCGAUGUCCCUGCUGUUACACGGUUGCUUAGGAACUACCUCAGCCAGUUUGGAGUCGCGACCGACUUUGAUGAGAACGAUGUCGAGCAUUGGCUGCUCCCAAGAGAAGAUGUUGUGGACAGUUACCUAGUAGAAAGCCCUGAAACUCACGAUGUCACUGACUUCUGCAGCUUCUACACUCUACCUUCAACUAUUCUUGGUAACCCGAACUACACAACAUUGAAAGCUGCUUAUUCGUACUACAAUGUGGCCACACAGACCUCGUUUCUUCAGCUGAUGAAUGAUGCGCUAAUCGUCUCAAAGCAAAAGGGUUUCGAUGUGUUCAACGCGUUGGAUGUGAUGCACAAUGAGAGUUUCUUGAAAGAACUGAAGUUUGGUCCAGGAGAUGGACAACUUCAUUACUACCUCUACAAUUACCGUUUGAAAACAAUGGCGGUUUCAACAUUUCCGUCAUGGAGUUCUCGUAAGAAAUUUCCGGUGGUUAAGAGAUACAGCUUUAGGAAUAUUCGUUUCGGUUUAUGUAGUGUCAGAGCUAGCGGCGGCGGAAGUUCCGGUAGUGAGAGUUGUGUGGCGGUGAGAGAAGAUUUCGCCGACGAAGAAGAUUUUGUGAAAGCUGGUGGUUCUGAGAUUCUAUUUGUUCAAAUGCAACAAAACAAAGAUAUGGAUGAACAGUCUAAACUUGUUGAUAAGUUACCUCCUAUAUCAAUUGGUGAUGGUGCUUUGGAUCUAGUGGUUAUUGGUUGUGGUCCUGCUGGUUUAGCCUUGGCUGCAGAAUCAGCUAAGCUUGGACUAAAGGUUGGACUCAUUGGUCCUGAUCUUCCUUUCACUAACAAUUACGGUGUUUGGGAAGAUGAAUUCAAUGAUCUUGGGUUGCAAAAAUGUAUUGAGCAUGUUUGGAGAGAUACUCUUGUGUAUCUGGAUGAUGACAAUCCUAUUACUAUUGGCCGUGCUUAUGGAAGAGUUAGUCGACGUUUACUUCAUGAAGAGCUUUUGAGGAGGUGUGUCGAGUCAGGUGUCUCGUACCUUAGCUCGAAAGUUGACAGCAUAACAGAAGCUUCUGAUGGUCUUAGACUUGUUGCUUGUGACGACAAUAACGUCAUUCCGUGCAGACUUGCCACUGUUGCUUCUGGAGCAGCUUCGGGAAAGCUCUUGCAAUACGAAGUUGGUGGACCUAGAGUCUGUGUCCAAACUGCAUACGGCGUGGAGGUUGAGGUGGAAAACAGUCCAUAUGAUCCAGAGCAAAUGGUUUUCAUGGAUUACAGAGAUUAUACAAACGAGAAAGUUCGGAGCUUAGAAGCUGAGUAUCCAACGUUUCUGUACGCUAUGCCUAUGACAAAGACAAGACUAUUCUUUGAGGAGACAUGUUUAGCCUCAAAAGAUGUCAUGCCCUUUGAUUUGCUAAAAAAGAAGCUCAUGUUAAGAUUAGAUACACUCGGAAUUCGAAUUCUAAAGACUUACGAAGAGGAAUGGUCCUAUAUCCCAGUUGGUGGUUCCUUGCCAAACACCGAACAAAAGAAUCUCGCCUUUGGUGCUGCGGCUAGCAUGGUACAUCCCGCAACAGGCUAUUCAGUUGUGAGAUCUUUGUCUGAAGCUCCAAAAUAUGCAUCAGUCAUAGCGGAGAUUCUAGAACAAGAGACUCAAACUACGUCCUUCACCAAACAGAUCAAUAGUAAUAUUUCAAGACAAGCUUGGGAUACUUUAUGGCCACCAGAAAGGAAACGACAAAGAGCAUUCUUUCUCUUUGGUCUUGCACUCAUAGUUCAAUUCGAUACCGAAGGCAUUAGAAGCUUCUUCCGUACUUUCUUUCGCCUUCCAAAAUGGAUGUGGCAAGGGUUUCUAGGAUCAACAUUAACAUCAGGAGAUCUCGUUCUCUUUGCUUUAUACAUGUUCGUCAUCUCACCAAACAAUUUGAGAAAAGGUCUCAUCAAUCAUCUCAUCUCUGAUCCAACCGGAGCAACCAUGAUAAAAACCUAUCUCAAAGUAUGAUUCUCUUAUCAACUCUUAGGUUUGUGUAUAUAUAUGUGAUUUAUCUGAAUAAUCGAUCGAAGAAUGGUAUGUGGGUUACUAGGAAGUUGGAAACAAACAUGUAUAGAAUCUAAGGAGUGAUCGAAAUGGAUACGAAAAGAAAAAUCAGUCUUUGUU